AUGUAUAUAGUAUUUCUACUACUUCUUGUCUCGUGUUCUGCGCAACAUCUUCCCAAUGGUUGUCCGUUGGAUUUUAGCGUGCAUCUCUUGCUACCGCACGAGACAGACUGUGAUAAGUUUUACCAAUGCAGCAAUGGUCAGAAAAUUUUAAGGCAGUGUCCACUCGGAACGUUAUUUGAUAAUGACCUCCAGGUUUGCAACUGGCCCAGCGCAGUGGAUUGUAAUAGGACAGUAACUCAAACCACAGAAUAUGUAGCAACAGAAGAUCCAGUGACUACAGACUCUAUCAAAACGGAUUAUGUAACUGAGGAACCAACAACUACAGGCUCUGCAUCAACUAAGCCUACAACAGAGUCCGGAGCUAAUUAUACUGCAAACACAGCUUUACCAGAUUUAACCACUGACGUUACCGCGAGCACAAAGAUUGACGUUGAAUGUCCACCAGACUCCACAGCUACAAUUUUAUUGCCUCACGAAACAGAUUGUUCUAAGUUUUAUUCAUGCAGCAAUGGACAUAAAUUUUUGAUGACUUGUGCACCGGGGACAUUUUUUGAUUUUAACGCACAGGUAUGUGAUUGGCCACAAACAGUGACUUGUGCAAUUAAAACAACGACAGAAUCUUUAGUAACAGGCGUUGAAACUGAAACUGAAACCUUGACAGAAGAAACAACAAUAAAAUAUUCUACACCUGUAGUAAGUUAUUCAACUGUCGAUACUACAGGGCAUGAAUAUACUACUGAGCUUGAUAUAACAAGUACUGAAGGAUCUGCAGGAACUAAUGAUCCCACUCCUGAUAUUAUAACAAUAACAGAUGAUAAUGAAACGAGUGCAACUUCUAAAGUGACAACAACUGAAAGCCAUGGAACGGGACCUACAGCGACGACAGAAUAUUCAACGGUAAGUAUUACAACCCCAGACAAAGAAACAGCUCCUGUAGUAAGUAAUACUACUGAAUUUGUAUCAAUGAACGAUGAAGGACCAACAGAACUAACGAUAGAUAAUCAAACGAUAGUAUCAGUAGAAACAAGCACUGUAGACGAUGAAUCUAAAGAAACAGAAGCAACACAACCUGUACAAACAACGUUAGAACCUAUAGCUAAUACCUCUGCAAUGACUGAUGCAAUACACACAACUACGGAUACCUCAUCUGUAGAACUAUGUCUCCCUGGGGUUUAUGAAAAUAUUCCUCAUCCAGUACUCUGUAAUUCGUUUUAUAUGUGUGGUGGUGGUAUUCCAAUACAAUUAUUUUGCAGUGAUGGAUUUGAAUUCAAUCCGGAGUCUCGGGAAUGCGUUCUAAUAUCAGAAGAUGGUUGUACUGCAUCAAAAGAAAGAUCUACGUCAACAUUAGAUAAUUCGUCAACAUUAAUCGUUACGGAAAAAGUAACAGAAAAUACCAAAACUACAAGUGAAUUAGAAAUAACUACUACAAACGAAGAAAAACACGAUACUACUACGGAAUACAACUUUUCAACAGAUGUCAUUACGACAACAAUUAAAUCGCCAGAAGCAACUGAUAGAACGACAACCGCAGCACAAAUAACAACGGAAUUAGAUAAGUCGUCCUCUGAGCAAGAUAUUCCUGAACUACAGACCACUACAGAAUUGCUAAAUACGGCAGAUACAACUUUUACAACUCCCGAACAUACACAAUCCACAGAUAGUGACAAUGUUUCUUCCACUGCAGAGCAAUUGAGUACUACAGAGAGCUUACAAACCACGUUAAAUUAUAAGUCAACAACGACUGAAAGUCUGGAAUCAACGACAUUAAAUAUUCAUACAACAGCAGAACUUCUAACAACGACUGAUAACUUUAAUACAGAAACGUAUGAUACUACAACGCAGCUUUUAGAAGUCACAGUAGAUGAUGCUGAAAAAACUACAACGCUACCAAAAGUUUGCCCAGAAGGGCACUAUGGAAACGUACCUCAUCCUGAGUUGUGUGACUCAUUUUACAUGUGUGCGAACGGAGACGCUAUACUGCUGUAUUGCAGUACAGAUUUCGAAUAUGAUCCUGCACUUGGAGUUAAUAUUAAUUAUGUUACAGGAUCAUCUACAACACAGAAAUCGACUGAAGGACAUACUACAAUAUUUGUUACGGAAAAUACUCAUGAAGUUACAAAUACCUAUCAAACAAGUGCUGAGGUUAAUGUAACAAAUACCAGCGAUGAUAAUCCAUCCACAACAACUUUAGCGGUUUCUACUGAAAAUUUAGACACCAUGACCGUUACUAUGACUACUAUGGAAUCUAUUAAAGAAACAACACCAGAAAAAUCAGAUGUAACGCAAAAUUCUUCUGAUUAUUCUCAAGCAAAUACAGAAUCUUCGACACAUUCAACAGAACUGUUAGAAACUACAUUACCUCAUAAAACCACAUCUGAUAUAAAACCACCUACAGUACAAACAAUAACAUCCGAUUUCAUAACUACAACGGAAAAUAUCGUUGUAUCAUCAGAAACUGCACAGACUUUUACAGAGGAAUCACAAAAUACACAACCAACAAACACUAUAAAUAUACAAACAUCAACAGAUCAUGUAGAAACAACUUUGAACUGUCCAUACACGACGACAAAAGAAUUGCAAUCGACUACGGAUCAUAGUACAUCAAAAACUUCGCAGUCUACUACGGAAAAGUACAUAACAGUUACAAAUGACUUUAUAACGGCGUCAACCUCACAGGUAUUCACGACUUCUGAUAUACCAGAGUAUGGCUCGUCUACCACAGAAAACCAGAAAGCGACUUCUGAUAUAUCGACCACUUUAGAUAAUUUUGAAGCAAGCUCAACGCUAACUACCGCUGAACCAAAUGCAUCAACAACGGUGGAAACAACAGAAGAUAUGACUACUUCUAGCCUUAUUACCAGUACCAUCGAAGCGACUUUGGAAAUUCGUACAAUAUCUACUGACAGUGUAUCCACUGAAAGGCCUACUGUUACGAGUGACGAAAUAAAAACAACAACUGAGAAAACGGAGGCUACAACACAGGCUGCCACAUGUUUGCCUGGAGUGUUUGGUAAUAUUCCUCAUCCGACCAUAUGCAACUCAUUUUACAUGUGCACAGGUGGGAUACCAAUACAACUGUUUUGUAGUGAUGGAUUCGAAUUCGAUCCAGAGCUGGCCGUAUGCGUGCCGAUUUCCGAUACCGGCUGUACCGCUUCGAGAGUGACUUCAACCACCGCCAGUAUCACAACUAGCAAAGAAUCAACCCACCAUGUCACGGAUAUUAGUACCGAUCAAACACAUACAAUUUCAACCAUGACAUUAAGUCCAGAAAUAACAACAGACACAAACGAUUGGACACUGACAACAGAAGAAACCAAAACUACUUCAGAAGGACCUGUAUCUACAACUUUUAAAAUUGAAACUACAACUGAAGAAGAGAAUUUAACUUCGAAAUCAUCCGAAACAACAGAAAAUAUGAAAAAUACUUUCAGCACUAUUAUUAAUACAGUCGAGACGGUUUCAGAAAUAUAUACAACUUCUGCUGACGGGAUAACCACUGAAAAACAAACUGUUACAAAUGACGACGUACAAAUAACAACUGUGAAUAUCGAGGCUACAACACAGGUUGCGAUAUGCUCGCCGGGUGCAUUUGGUAAUGUUCCCCAUCCUACUCUAUGCGACUCAUUCUAUAUGUGUACGGGAGGAAUUCCGAUACUACUACAUUGCAGUGAUGGAUUCGAAUUCGACCCAGAGAGUGCUGAUUGCGUGCCGAUUUCCGAGAGCGGCUGUACCGCUUCAAGAGUGACAUCAACCACCGAAAGUGUGACGACAAAAUACGAUCAUACGACAACUAGCGGAGAAUCGACCGACCAUGUCACGGUUAUUAGCACCGAUCAAACACAUACGAUAACAACUGAUGUCAUCGACUGGACGCUGACUACAGAAGAAAAGAAGACUACUUCAGAAGAACCUGUAUCUACAACUUUUAAAAUGGAAGAGACACCUAGCAGCACUAAAUAUGAAAGUACAUAUACAACAUCAAAAGAAACAGUUCCUGGAGCUACUACAAAAGUGCCACAAACUACAUCUGAAACUGAACACUCAACUGUACAUUCUACUACAGAAAACCCAAAAAUUACUGUAGAUAUAUCGACCACUUUAGAAAAUUCUCAAACGGACUCAACGAAAUCUACUGCCGGAGAGAUGUCAACAUCUGUACAAACUGUGACAGAAAACUUACCAUCUACGACAUUCCAGACGAAAACUACAAUUGAAGAAGAGAAUUUAACUUCGAAAUCAUCCGAAACAACAGAAGAUAUAAAAAAUACUUUCAGCACUAUUAUUAGUACCGUCGAGACGGCUUCAGAAAUAUAUACAACUUCUGCUGACGGGAUAACCACUGAAAAACCAACUGUUACAAAUGACGACGUACAAACGACAACUGUGAAUAUCGAAGCUACAACACAGGCUGCGAUAUGCUCGCCGGGUGCAUUUGGUAAUGUUCCCCAUCCUACUCUAUGCGACUCGUUCUAUAUGUGUACGGGAGGAAUUCCGAUACUAUUGCAUUGCAGUGAUGGAUUCGAAUUCAACCCAGAGAUUGCAGACUGCGUGCCGAUUUCCGACAGCGGCUGUACCGCUUCAAGAGUGACAUCAACCACCGACAGUGUGACGACAAAAUAUGAUCCUACGACGACUAGCGGAGAAUCAACCGACCAUGUCACGGAUAUUAGCACCGAUCAAACACAUACGAUAACAACCGAUGCCAUCGAAUGGACGCUGACUACAGAAGAAAAGAAGACUACUUCAGAAGAACCUGUAUCUACAACUUUUAAAAUGGAAGAGACACCUGGCAGCACUAAAUAUGAAAGUACAUAUACAACAUCAAAAGAAACAGUUCCUGGAGCUACUACAAAAGUGCCACAAACUACAUCCGAAACUGUACACUCAACUGUACAUUUUACUACAGAAAACCCAAAAAUUACUGUAGAUAUAUCGACCACUUUAGAAAAUUCUCAAACGGACUCAACGAAAUCUACUGCCGGAGAGAUGUCAACAUCUGUACAAACUGUGACAGAAAACUUACCAUCUACGACAUUCCAGACGAAAACUACAAUUGAAGAAGAGAAUUUAACUUCGAAAUCAUCAGAAACAACAGAAGAUAUAAAAAAUACUUUCAGCACUAUUAUUAGUACCGUCGAGACGGCUUCAGAAAUAUAUACAACUUCUGCUGACGGGAUAACCACUGAAAAACCAACUGUUACAAAUGACGACGUACAAACAACAACUGUGAAUAUCGAGGCUACAACACAGGCUGCGAUAUGCUCGCCGGGUGCAUUUGGUAAUGUUCCCCAUCCUACUCUAUGUGACUCGUUCUAUAUGUGUACGGGAGGAAUUCCGAUACUAUUGCAUUGCAGUGAUGGAUUCGAAUUCAACCCAGAGAUUGCAGACUGCGUGCCGAUUUCCGACAGCAGCUGUACCGCUUCAAGAGUUACAUCAACCACCGACAGUGUGACGACAAAAUACGAUCCUACGACGACUAGCGGAGAAUCAACCGACCAUGUCACGGAUAUUAGCACCGAUCAAACACAUACGAUAACAACCGAUGUCAUUGACUGGACGCUGACUACAGAAGAAAAGAAGACUACUUCAGAAGAACCUGUAUCUACAACUUUUAAAAUAGAAGAGACACCUGGCAGCACUAAAUAUGAAAGUACAUAUACAACAUCAAAAGAAACAGUUCCUGGAGCUACUACAAAAGUGCCACAAACUACAUCCGAAACUGUACACUCAACUGUACAUUCUACUACAGAAAACACAAAAAUUACUGUAGAUAUAUCGACCACUUUAGAAAAUUCUCAAACGGACUCAACGAAAUCUACUGCCGGAGAGAUGUCAACAUCUGUACAAACUGUGACAGAAAACUUACCAUCUACGACAUUCCAGGCAAAAACUACAAUUGAAGAAGAGAAUUUAACUUCGAAAUCAUCCGAAACAACAGAAGAUAUAAAAAAUACUUUCAGCACUAUUAUUAGUACCGUCGAGACGGCUUCAGAAAUAUAUACAACUUCUGCUGACGGGAUAACCACUGAAAACCCAACUGUUACAAAUGACGACGUACAAACAACAACUGUGAAUAUCGAGGCUACAACACAGGCUGCGAUAUGCUCGCCGGGUGCAUUUGGUAAUGUUCCCCAUCCUACUCUAUGCGACUCGUUCUAUAUGUGUACGGGAGGAAUUCCGAUACUAUUUCAUUGCAGUGAUGGAUUCGAAUUCAACCCAGAGAUUGCAGACUGCGUGCCGAUUUCCGACAGCGGCUGUACCGCUUCAAGAGUUACAUCAACCACCGACAGUGUGACGACAAAAUACGAUCCUACGACGACUAGCGGAGAAUCAACCGACCAUGUCACGGAUAUUAGCACCGAUCAAACACAUACGAUAACAACCGAUGUCAUUGACUGGACGCUGACUACAGAAGAAAAGAAGACUACUUCAGAAGAACCUGUAUCUACAACUUUUAAAAUAGAAGAGACACCUGGCAGCACUAAAUAUGAAAGUACAUAUACAACAUCAAAAGAAACAGUUCCUGGAGCUACUACAAAAGUGCCACAAACUACAUCCGAAACUGUACACUCAACUGUACAUUCUACUACAGAAAACACAAAAAUUACUGUAGAUAUAUCGACCACUUUAGAAAAUUCUCAAACGGACUCAACGAAAUCUACUGCCGGAGAGAUGUCAACAUCUGUACAAACUGUGACAGAAAACUUACCAUCUACGACAUUCCAGGCAAAAACUACAAUUGAAGAAGAGAAUUUAACUUCGAAAUCAUCCGAAACAACAGAAGAUAUAAAAAAUACUUUCAGCACUAUUAUUAGUACCGUCGAGACGGCUUCAGAAAUAUAUACAACUUCUGCUGACGGGAUAACCACUGAAAAACCAACUGUUACAAAUGACGACGUACAAACAACAACUGUGAAUAUCGAGGCUACAACACAGGCUGCGAUAUGCUCGCCGGGUGCAUUUGGUAAUGUUCCCCAUCCUACUCUAUGCGACUCGUUCUAUAUGUGUACGGGAGGAAUUCCGAUACUAUUGCAUUGCAGUGAUGGAUUCGAAUUCAACCCAGAGAUUGCAGACUGCGUGCCGAUUUCCGACAGCGGCUGUACCGCUUCAAGAGUUACAUCAACCACCGACAGUGUGACGACAAAAUACGAUCCUACGACGACUAGCGGAGAAUCAACCGACCAUGUCACGGAUAUUAGCACCGAUCAAACACAUACGAUAACAACCGAUGUCAUUGACUGGACGCUGACUACAGAAGAAAAGAAGACUACUUCAGAAGAACCUGUAUCUACAACUUUUAAAAUAGAAGAGACACCUGGCAGCACUAAAUAUGAAAGUACAUAUACAACAUCAAAAGAAACAGUUCCUGGAGCUACUACAAAAGUGCCACAAACUACAUCCGAAACUGUACACUCAACUGUACAUUCUACUACAGAAAACACAAAAAUUACUGUAGAUAUAUCGACCACUUUAGAAAAUUCUCAAACGGACUCAACGAAAUCUACUGCCGGAGAGAUGUCAACAUCUGUACAAACUGUGACAGAAAACUUAUCAUCUACGACAUUCCAGACGAAAACUACAAUUGAAGAAGAGAAUUUAACUGCGAAAUCAUCCGAAACAACAGAAGAUAUAAAAAAUACUUUCAGCACUAUUAUUAGUACCGUCGAGACGGCUUCAGAAAUAUAUACAACUUCUGCUGACGGGAUAACCACUGAAAAACCAACUGUUACAAAUGACGACGUACAAACGACAACUGUGAAUAUCGAAGCUACAACACAGGCUGCGAUAUGCUCGCCGGGUGCAUUUGGUAAUGUUCCCCAUCCUACUCUAUGCGACUCGUUCUAUAUGUGUACGGGAGGAAUUCCGAUACUAUUGCAUUGCAGUGAUGGAUUCGAAUUCAACCCAGAGAUUGCAGACUGCGUGCCGAUUUCCGACAGCGGCUGUACCGCUUCAAGAGUGACAUCAACCACCGACAGUGUGACGACAAAAUACGAUCCUACGACAACUAGCAGAGAAUCAACCGACCAUGUCACAGAUAUUAGUACCGAUCAAACACAUACGAUAACAACCGAUGCCAUCGAAUGGACGCUGACUACAGAAGAAAAGAAGACUACUUCAGAAGAACCUGUAUCUACAACUUUUAAAAUGGAAGAGACACCUGGCAGCACUAAAUAUGAAAGUACAUAUACAACAUCAAAAGAAACAGUUCCUGGAGCUACUACAAAAGUGCCACAAACUACAUCCGAACCUGUACACUCAACAGUACACUCUACUACAGAAAACCCAAAAAUUACUGUAGAUAUAUCGACCACUUUAGAGAACUCUCAGACGGACUCAACGAAAUCUACUGCUGGAGGGAUGUCAACAUCUGUACAAACUGUGACAGAAAACUUACCAUCUACGACAUUUCAGACGAAAACUACAAUUGAAGAAGAGAAUUUAACUUCGAAAUCAUCCGAAACAACAGAAGAUAUAAAAAAUACUUUCAGCACUAUUAUUAAUACCGUCGAGACGGCUUCAGAAAUAUAUACAACUUCUGCUGACGGGAUAACCACUGAAAAACCAACUGUUACAAAUGACGACGUACAAAUAACAACUGUGAAUAUCGAGGCUACAACACAGGCUGCGAUAUGCUCGCCGGGUGCCUUUGGUAAUGUUCCCCAUCCGAUUCUAUGCGACUCAUUCUAUAUGUGUACGGGAGGAAUUCCGAUACUACUGCAUUGCAGUGAUGGAUUCGAAUUCGACCCAGAGAUUGCAGACUGCCUGCCGAUUUCCGAUAGCGGCUGUACCGCUUCAAGAGUGACAUCAACCACCGACAGUGUGACGACAAAAUACGAUCCUACGACGACUAGCGGAGAAUCAACCGACCAUGUCACAGAUAUUAGUACCGAUCAAACACAUACGAUAACAACCGAUGCCAUCGAAUGGACGCUGACUACAGAAGAAAAGAAGACUACUUCAGAAGAACCUGUAUCUACAACUUUUAAAAUGGAAGAGACACCUGGCAGCACUAAAUAUGAAAGUACAUAUACAACAUCAAAAGAAACAGUUCCUGGAGCUACUACAAAAGUGCCACAAACUACAUCCAAAACUGAACACUCAACUGUACAUUCUACUACAGAAGAGAAUUUAACUUCGAAUUCAUCCGAAACAACAGAAGAUAUUAAAAAUACUUUCAGCACUAUUAUUAAUACCGUCGAGACGUCUUCAGAAAUAUAUACAACUUCUGCUAACGGGAUAACCACUGAAAAACCAAGUGUUACAACUGUGAAUAUCGAGGCUACAACGCAGGCUGUGAUAUGCUCGCCGGGUGCCUUUGGUAAUGUUCCCCAUCCGAUUCUAUGCGACUCAUUCUAUAUGUGUACGGGAGGAAUUCCGAUACUACUGCAUUGCAGUGAUGGAUUUGAAUUCGAUCCAGAAAUAGCCCAAUGUGUACCAAUAUCCGAAAACGGAUGCACAGCGCAAGGAGUCAGAACUACGCAAGCUAAUCCUGAAAAUAAUGACUCAUCAACAGUAAGUGUUGGAGACGUUAACACGAAUUCAAAUUCAAAAGCAACGACAUUUUUUGGACAAACUGAGUUUACAACAAAAGGAAUAGAUUCAACUGGACAAGAAUUAGAUUACACAACGAAACAGGACACAUCGGAACAAGGAGAUACAACCAUUCUAUUAGAAACCACGACAAAAGUAGAAAUAUGUCCACCUGGCGUAUUCGGAAAUGUCGCACAUCCUGAUCUAUGCAACUACUUUUAUAUGUGUGCCGGUGGUACGGCAAUAGAACUCCAUUGUAGCUCUGGAUUCGAAUUUGAUCCUGUGCUUUCACAAUGCGUCUUGAUAUCGGACAGCGGAUGUACCGCGAUGAUGAAAUAG